UCUGCGGCCGCCGCCGCCGCUGGUGGGGGAGACGCGGGGUUGGGGGGGGAGGAGGGCGCGCGUGGUGCCGGCGGGGAGCGGCGGCGCCCCCUCCUCCUCCUCCUCCUCCUCCACCUCCAGCGCCGCGGGCUCCUCGGACAUGGCCGCGGCGGUGGCGGUGGCGGCCGCGUCCCGGCGGCAGUCGUGCUACCUGUGUGACUUGCCCCGCAUGCCCUGGGCCAUGAUCUGGGACUUCACCGAGCCCGUGUGCCGCGGCUGCGUCAACUACGAGGGCGCCGACCGCGUCGAGUUCGUCAUCGAGACGGCGCGGCAGCUCAAGCGGGCGCACGGCUGCUUCCCGGAGGGCCGCUCCCCGCCGGGCGCCGCGGCCCCCGCCGCCGCCAAGCCGCCGCCGCUCUCGGCCAAGGACAUCCUCCUGCAGCAGCAGCAGUUGGGCCACGGCGGCCCCGAGGCGACCCCGCGCGCCCCGCAGGCCCUGGAGCGCUACCCCCUGGCGGCCGCCGCGGAGCGGCCCCCGCGCCUCGGCUCCGACUUUGGCGGUAGCCGCCCGGCUACAGGCCUGGCCCAGCCGCCGACGCCGCAGCCGCCGCCCGUAAACGGCAUCCUGGUGCCCAACGGCUUCUCCAAGCUGGAGGAGCCCCCGGAGCUGAACCGCCAGAGCCCGAACCCGCGGCGCGGGCACGCCGUGCCGCCCACCCUGGUGCCGCUCAUGAACGGCUCGGCCACGCCGCUGCCCGCCGCGCUCGGCCUCAGCGGCCGCGCCGCCGCCUCGCUGGCCGCCGUGUCCGGGGCCGCGGCCGCCGGCCUGGGCUCGGCGCAGCCCGCCGAACUGAGCUCGCACAAGCGGCCGGCGUCCGUGUCUAGCAGCGCGGCCGUGGAGCACGAGCAGCGCGAGGCGGCGGCCAAGGAGAAGCAGCCGCCGCCGCCCUCGCAUCGCGGCGCGCCCGACAGCUUGGCCACCGCGGCCGGGGCCACCGAGCUGGGCGCCGAGGGCGCGAGCAAAGGCCGCGGGCCCGGAGAGCAGGACUGGGUCAACAGGCCCAAGACCGUGCGAGACACGCUGCUGGCGCUGCACCAGCACGGCCACUCGGGGCCCUUCGAGAGCAAGUUUAAGAAGGAGCCGGCCCUGACUGCAGGCAGGUUGUUGGGUUUCGAGGCCAACGGGGCCAACGGGUCUAAAGCAGUUGCAAGAACAGCAAGGAAAAGAAAGCCUUCUCCAGAACCAGAAGGUGAAGUCGGGCCCCCUAAGAUCAAUGGAGAGGCACAGCCAUGGCUGUCCACACCCACAGAAGGGCUCAAGAUCCCCAUUACUCCUACAUCCUCUUUUGUGUCUCCACCGCCACCCACUGCCUCACCUCAUUCCAACCGGACCACACCGCCUGAAGCGGCUCAGAACGGCCAGUCGCCCAUGGCAGCCCUGAUCUUAGUAGCAGACAAUGCAGGGGGCAGUCAUGCCUCGAAAGAUGCCAACCAGGUUCACUCCACUACCAGGAGGAAUAGCAGCAGUCCACCCUCUCCGUCCUCUAUGAACCAAAGAAGGCUAGGCCCCAGAGAGGUGGGGGGCCAGGGGGCAGGCAGCACAGGAGGACUGGAGCCAGUGCAUCCUGCCAGCCUCCCAGACUCUUCUCUGGCAGCCAGUGCCCCUCUGUGCUGCACCCUCUGCCACGAGCGGCUGGAGGACACCCACUUUGUGCAGUGCCCGUCUGUCCCUUCGCACAAGUUCUGCUUCCCUUGCUCCAGACAAAGCAUCAAACAGCAGGGAGCUAGUGGAGAGGUCUAUUGUCCCAGUGGGGAAAAAUGCCCUCUUGUGGGCUCCAAUGUCCCCUGGGCCUUUAUGCAAGGGGAAAUUGCAACCAUCCUUGCUGGAGAUGUGAAAGUGAAAAAAGAGAGAGACUCGUGACUUUCCGGUUUCAGAAAAACCCAAUGAAUUACCCUUAACUAAAACUGCUUGAAUUGUGUAUAUAUCUCCAUAUAUAUAUAUAUAUAUAUAUAUAUAUAUAUAUACACACACACACACACUCACACACACAUAUAUAUAUAUAUAUAUAUCCAAGACAAGGGAAAUGUAGACUUCAUAAACAUGGCUGUAUAAUUUUGAUUUUUUUGAAUACAUUGUGUUUCUAUAUUUUUUUUUUGACGACAAAAGGUAUGUACUUAUAAAGGCAUUCUCUUCUUUUGUUAAUGUUAUUAGCAUAUCUUUGUGCUUUAUUAUCCUGGUGACAGUUACCGUUCAAUGUAGGCUGUGACUUGCGCUGCUUUUUUAGAGCACUUGGCAAAUCCGAAAUGCUUCUAGCUGUAUUUGUAUGCACUUAUUUUAAAAAGAAAAAAAAAAGCCAAAUACAUUUUCUGACAUUGUAAGAUUGCCUUACUGUCUGUUAUUCCUUAUUGCUGGCCCCUCUCUCAGGCUGGAGGCCAGUUGGUGGAGAAGGAAAGGGAAUGAGCGAAGGGGGCACUGUUGUGAAAUGGGCGGCAUGCCACUGAGAAAUGUCACCAAGUUUACCCCAAAACAUUGUCCUCUCAGAGUAGUAGGAAAGUAGAUUUUGAAUCUUUCUCUGUUUUGUUCUUAAAUUUCAGUUGUUGGGAUAUUGAUGACUGCCUGAGAGUUGCUGCUGAGAGAUUUUCAGGACUGUGUGGUUUUGGGGGCGGGUGGGGGGGGGGUUUUUUUUUUUUUUUUAAAGGCAAAGUUGACCACUGUUCACUGCCCAUGUGAUCAGUUGUAAGAUUACAAUGCUGCAUGCUAGUUGGUUACAUAAUACACAAUUCAGUGACUGAAGGCGGUGAUAAUGGAUGGUGGUGUAUACAAGAUGGCACUGCUAUCUUUUGAACGGAGCCUGGCUCUGCAGCGCCACUUCAUCUUUUUAAACACCCUAGAGCUCUGUUUGUUGUUGGUGGUGUCGUUUCCUUUGAAAAGAGUCACAAGAGAAGUUACAGUUCAGGUGAACUUGGAGAUUGUGGGAUUGGUUUCGUUUCUGUUUUGUGUUUUGUUUUGUUUUAUCAUUUUACCUGUAGUGCUAUUGCUGUUGGUACUAUCACCUACACCCUGUUUCUAGUGAGUGCUAAAUACAGUAUGGUACAAUGACAGUAACAGCGCAUGGUGCUGCCAGGACUGCCCGUGGGCAUAUCAGUGACAGCCCAGAUGGGGGUGGAGGAAACCUGUAAUUUCCUUCUUACGUGUGUUUGAAAUACCAAGUGAAUAAUACUGUUCUUCUGGAAAAAAAAAAAAAAAAGAUAAACUAGUGAAAAUUAAAGAAAGGGUUUUAAUAGUAGGCAGGCCCCACCUCUCAAACUAUUCUUAGAAACCUUUUGUAAACUAAUUUCUUUUGAUUAUUAUUUUGCAUCAGUAAAAUGAUUUUUUUAAACCAAUAAAUCAUCUGUUAUUAGAAA